GAUUGCUGGCAAGUAAACAACACAAUUGCGUUUCGCCGUGCAGCUGAGGAUUGCGUUUGUUGUGCCUGUUUGUGGGCAGAUCACGUAACCGGAGGCGGCAGCAUGUGCACCCUGCACCCCGAGGAGGAGGCCCACCUGGUGGCCAUGGCCAGUGGUGGGCCGCAGGCACGAGCGCCCAGCCCAAGGCCACUUUUCACUCCGUCCUCUGCGGCACCCAAAUCGCUGUUCGAUGUCUGCUGGGACGACGUGCUCAUCCCCCAGGUGGCCGUCCACCUGUCGCUCAAGGAUCUCUUCAACCUGCGCUGCUGUUCGCGUACCGCGCAGCGCUUCGUAGAGGCCGCCCUGGAAAAGCGGCAGGAGCUGCAUCUCUCCGGGAACAACACAAGCAAUAUUGAUGUGGGCUUCCGGGUGCUGGCCCGCUGUUGCCGACGGCUGGAGGUGCUCCACCUGGCCUGCUGCCGCUGGCUGACGGAUGAGCUGCUGCUGCCUCUGCUGGCGAACAACAAGCAGCGCCUGUGGGCCGUCAACCUGAACGAGUGCGUCAAUAUCACGGCCCUCUCGCUGCAGCCCAUCAUCGUGGAGUGCAAGGGAUUGCGCGUCCUGAAGCUGUCCAAGUGCCAGUGGCUGACCACCGGAGCCGUCGACGCCCUGACGCUGCAUCAGAGCAAGCUGGUGGAGUUCGACAUCUCGUACUGCGGCGCCAUUGGCGAGCGCUGCCUGAUUAUCUUCUUCCGGAAGCUCAACAAGCUCACCGUUUUGUCGCUUGCAAAUACGCCCAGUGUUACGGACCAAGUGCUCAUCCAGAUUGGCAACUAUUGCCGCGAGCUGGAGCACAUCAACCUGAUCGGUUGCGCCGCCAUCUCCGACUAUGGAGUGCACGCUCUAUCAGUGCACUGUCCGCGCCUCCAGACCCUGCUCAUCCGCCGUUGUCCACGGGUGACGGAACGCUCCUUGGCACCGCUCCGCCAGCGGCGUCUCUUCAUCGACAGGCCGCCGCAGGAUGUGGGACACAAUGCGUACAACCUGAACGACUUCUAUCCCAGCGAUUUCCUUGUUUACUAGCCUCCACUUCGUUUUUCCUUUCGUUUCCGCAGCGCCCUCACCCAGAGUUGCCCGCUGCUGCAGUCCCUGAUGGUGCAGCGCUGUCCACUGGUCACCGAACGGGUGCUCGCCCCACUCCGCGGGCGUGUGCACAUCGAUCGGCCCG